AUACCGUGAAAUAACGUGUGGGAGCGUGUUGGUUGGCGUGUGUGUGUUUGACGGACGUGGAGGAGGGGCGUCUUCGCCCGGAGCGGCGCGCGGACUGACAGUUGGUGGAGGAGCACGGGGAGCACACACGCACCCAGCCUGCACAUUUCUGUAUAUUUAUCUGCUCCGGACGUCGUUGAAAUUUGUCAGACUUGAAAUGAGAAGGUUCCUCUUGGUGGACAGUGCGCUAAUCCCUGCACAGUCACUGGGGACUCAUGAAACUCAUCAAGUCCGACUUUGCUGUUUCCAGUCAGAGAUGAGCACUAAUCCUCCUUUAACACAGUCUUUGGAGUGGAACUUCCGACUUCACUGCUGCAUUACAUCCAGAGACCUGGUGGGAUCACUGAUGACCUUUGUUGCUGCCCUCGCUACCUCCUGUUUUCCUCCUACACUGCCUCCUUAUCCCUCUCCUCCCCUUUCUUAAACUCCCCUCCCCCUCUGUGUCUCUCAGCCCCGGCCUUAUUACUCAAACCCACUGAAGGGAGCGACACAGUAGCUGGCAAAGGAUGAAGCGGGUCAGCCUGCCAACACCAGACAGAGGAUAGAAGAGACACAAAAGGACUAGCGAAGAGGAGAGAAUCGGAGAGAGACAGGGACACAGAGGAAGACUAGUGGAGAGAGUUGCAACGAAGCUUUGAGAGAAGCAACAUCAACAUUCAAGAUGCCACAUUGAAGGAAAUACACAAGUUUCACUGGACAAACUUCAAGCCCUUGCACAGAAAAGUUGUGGAGACACCUACUCCUGUACUCUGGGGCAACUUGUAAGCACCUGAUAUGUCUCUUUAAGAAGUGUAAGCCAUGCCAGCCAAGGGGAAGUACCUGUUGAAUGACCAGGAGCUGAAAAAUGAGGCGCUGUACCGCAAAUUUUCUUGCAACAACCAGUAUCAGCCACUGGUGCUCCUGCUGGGCCUCUCCAUGCUCGUCUGUGUGAUCCUCCUCAUUCUCUUCUUUUCCCUUCAUCUGAGCGCGCUGGAACACUGUGCCUUUGUGAGUGUGGUGAGCAGCAGCCUGUGUGUGUUUCUGGCCGUAUUUGUGCUGGUGUGUACGGAAAUGCUAUCACAAAGAUGGAGGCGUCUGCUGGGCUUGAUUAUAUGGGCCACACAUCUCGCCAUGGGCCACACCUUCAUCUUCAGCGGCCCCAUCAUCGUGCCUUGGGACCAGGUGCCUUUCUUCCUCUUCAUCAUCUUCACCGUGUACACCAUGCUGCCAUUCCAGUUGUGGUAUGCUGUGGUGCUGAGCAUCGUCUCCUCACUGUCCCACAUCAUGGUCCUCACACUGCGCCUCACGAUUUACAGCAAUACACCCAUUCCUGACCUUACCAACCAGCUGCUGUCCAAUGCAGUGGUGUUCCUGUGUGGCAGUGUGGUGGGUGCCUUUCAUAAGGUCCUGAUGGAGAAAACGCUAAGGCAGACCUUUCAGGACACCUUGAGGUGUCUGAGCAUGCGGAUGAAGCUGGAGAUCGAAAAGAGACAGCAGGAGAACCUACUACAGUCUGUGCUGCCUGUCUACAUAUCCAUGAAGAUGAAGCUGGCAAUCAUGGAGCGCUUACAAGACUGUAAAGACAUAGAAGUGCAACAGAGACUCGUUAAGGAUAACAACUUCCACAGUCUUUAUGUCAAGAGGCAUGAGAAUGUCAGCAUUCUCUAUGCUGACAUUGUUGGCUUCACCCGAUUGGCCAGUGACUGUUCUCCCAAAGAGCUGGUCAUUAUGCUCAAUGAAUUGUUUGGCAAGUUUGACCAAAUUGCCAAGGAAAAUGAAUGCAUGAGAAUCAAGAUCCUUGGAGACUGUUACUACUGUGUGUCAGGGCUGCCGGUCUCUCUGCCUAAACAUGCCAAGAACUGCGUCAAAAUGGGCUUGGACAUGUGUGAAGCCAUCAAGCAGGUACGGGAGGCCACAACAGUCGAUAUUAACAUGAGAGUGGGAGUGCAUUCAGGCAACGUGCUCUGCGGCGUGAUUGGACUUCGUAAAUGGCAGUUUGACGUCUGGUCACAUGAUGUCACGCUGGCCAAUCACAUGGAGUCAGGAGGCCUACCAGGACGUGUCCACAUCACAGAGGCGACGCUAAAACACUUAAACAAAGCUUACGAAGUGGAAGAGGGCAAUGGGCAUCUCAGGGACCCCUACCUAAAAGAGCUCAAUGUCCGAACCUACCUUGUCAUUGAUCCACGGUCUAAGGACCCAUCACUGAAUAGCCGCAGUGUGCCUAAACCUCGCGUGAAUGAUGGUCUGAAGAUGCGGGCGUCUGUGCGUAUGACCCGUUACUUGGAGUCUUGGGGGGCUGUCAAACCGUUUGCCCAUCUUCAGAACCGAGAAGGCUUCACCCCAGACACCAUUGUCAAUGGCAAAUCACGCAGCAAGGACAUCCCUCUACGUACAGCCCCGGGCUCCAAGAUCACUGAGAGCUUUGAUGAGUCUCUAGAAGAACCGUUCUCCUUGCCUACCCCUACGUUCAGCAGCUAUAAGAACAAAUCCCAGAAGAGCAAGUUUGAUGAAGAGCUACACAAUGAGAUGACUUCUACCAUAGAUGAGCUCAGUAGCAAGCAGUGGUCUAAUUCUGAAGAGAGUGUCAGUUUAGGUCUGUGGUUUCCAAAGAAAGAUCUGGAAAAACAGUACCGAUCCCUGGAUUUGCCGAUGUUCAAACACUACGUUGGUUGUGCCUCUUUCAUCUUCCUCUGCAUCUUUUUGAUUCAGAUGUUGGUCACUAAGGAUCGACAGACGUUGGGGAUGUGGUUUGGUGUGUUGGUCUGUGUGCUGCUGCUGACCCUGGCCAUCUGUUUCACAGGUCACUUACAGCGCCUGUUUCCAGAGAAGCUGUCAAGUUGCCAGUGGCUUCCAGCUGUGUCGGAGGCGGUGGUAAAGCGGCCGUGUGUGCGCCUCCCUCUGGCCACCAUCACUGCUACGGUCAUCGUUGUCUUGGCAGUGUUCAACCUGUGCAUUGUCCAGACGCGUGUGACAGAAUGUUCCAAAGACAUUGCUGACCUGACCUCUGCAAAUUAUUCUCAUGCGCAAGGAUUAGAGGGAGAUCUCUUCUUCCUGCCUUACUCGGUGUACUGCUGUAUCCUGUCUCUCAUUGCAUGCGGAGCCUUCCUCCGGGUGAGCUUUGAACUCAAAGUGCUCUUCCUCACACUGGCCUCUGCAGCAUAUUACAUCAUCAUCCUCAGCACCAAGAGGAUGCUCUUCGUGACCUACGGAAACGUCCUCUACUCUCACCUCUCUAAUAGCCGGAACUGCAGCAGCAUAGAAGACACAUCCAUCCUCAGAGUGAUAGGGCUGGUGAAACACCCCUGGGUGAUGAGCUGCAUAUACAUCACCCUGUUCCUGGUCACUAUACUCAUCAUCUCACAACAGAAUGAGUCUUGCUUCCGCCAGGACUUCCUGCUAAAGUACAAGAACCGCACAGAGCAGGACGAGAUCGAGACCAGGGAGAACUUGAACCGCCUGUUGCUGGAGAACGUGCUGCCGGCCCACGUGGCGGCACUGUUUGUCGGGGAGAAUAAAAAGAACGAGGACCUCUACUACAAGUCCUAUGACUGUGUAUGUGUGAUGUUCGCUUCAGUGCCGGAUUUCAAAGAAUUUUACACUGAAUGUGAUAUCAACAAGGAGGGCCUGGAAUGCCUGAGGCUCCUGAAUGAGAUCAUUGCUGACUUUGACGAGCUGCUGUCCAAGCCAAAGUUCAGCGGUGUGGAGAAGAUCAAGACAAUUGGCAGCACUUACAUGGCUGCUGUGGGGCUCAGCGGGACGCCUGGUCAGGAGAACAAUCAGGACAAAGAGAGGCAGCAGGCUCAGAUCGGGAUCAUUGUGGAGUUUGCCAUUGCUCUCAUUGGCAAAUUGGAUGGCAUCAACAGACAUUCCUUCAAUAGCUUCAGGCUGCGCGUGGGCGUUAAUCACGGCCCGGUGAUAGCUGGGGUAAUCGGAGCUAGGAAACCUCAGUAUGACAUCUGGGGCAACACGGUUAACGUGGCCAGCAGAAUGGAGAGCACCGGGGAGCUUGGGAAAAUCCAGGUCACAGAGGAAACGGCUGAUGUGCUGCGGAAGCUGGGCUACUCGUGCGAAUGUCGAGGAUUCAUUGACGUGAAGGGGAAAGGAGAGCUGAAAACCUUCUUUGUGUGCACCGACAUGAGCAAGCAGCAGGGUAUGGGACUGAGCUGAGGCCAGGCCCCUACGGCCAACAGAGCUGGACACAGACUCACGUACACAUCAAGCGUUUAUAGAGCCCCGUACGCCACGAGUGUUGAGACAGCGCUGACUAAUACAGCUGUGUUCCUGUGACGCUGCUGCACGUUCAAGACUGAGAGAAAGCGCUGCCUCGCUGUGUGGCUGAAACUACACCUUCUACUCUGUAUCCUGUUGGACAGGUCAGAGUGGUGGGGAACCGGUCAGUAUGUACAGUCGCCAUCUUUUUCUAUUCAUGAACACAUUUACAUCCAGCGAACAGUCUCUUUUGUAUAUAUUUUUUCUAUUUAACUUAGAUGUUGUUUGUGAUAGAGAAAGUGUGUAUAGUGUUAAUGCCAAAUUGUGUGAUUUUUGAAGACCUCUUUGGUCCUUUAAAAACAAAACAGUGGAUUCUGUUUGGAUCCUAAUUUCUGGUUUUCCUGCUCGAGAAGGGAUGAGCACAUUGCUCCGUUACUGUGUAAUGAGCUAUGAGCCGUUUCAAUCAGAAAGAUGCUGUACAGAAGACAAAGAUGUGGAAAAACACUCUUCUUGCUCCUUUUUUUACGGGACAUAAUGAGAAGUAGUUAAAUUAAAAUUUCUAAAGUUACUGUACCUUCAACACAUUUGAUUGCCCAAUAAGUUUGGGUUCAGCUAAGCAGUUUAGCCAGAAUAACAACUAGUUAAUGUUACAUAUGAGAUAAUUGCUACAUUUCAGAAGGAAAUGGAGAAAUCCAUGUGCUGUGUGUGUCAUCUGUUGAAGUCUUGCUGCUUGUCUGCAUAUGUGCUGCAAUGAGGGAAACCUGCAACGCUCUCCUUGGUGUCUCGGAGUCUGCGUGAUCUAACAACUUGCCUGCUGUGAAUGCUUUUCUGGCUGCAGCUCAGACGAGCAGCUGUACUGAUCUGGAUCGCUCUGUGUCUCUGAAAACUUGAUUUGUCCUGUGGCCUUAUCUUUUGAGACCAUCAUCUUGUCUGUAAUUAUGGUUGCAUAACAAUAAUGAUAAUAAUGUAUUGGCCUUUAUGUGAACAAAUGUGACAUUGAAUUUUGUACAGUUACAGAAUGUAAUAAAUGUUUUCCUAAGUCUGCA